UCACCAAAAACCCUAAUAAGGAGAGAUACAGAAGUUUCCAGAUUAAAUAAUAGUCAUUUACUGUCUGGCUCCAGGAGGAGUCUGUGACCUCAGAUAAGUGAACACCCUCCUGGGGGCAAUUUGUAUCCAUUUUUUCUAACUUGCAGCACUUUGGCGUGCUAAGGAUUAUUUCCAUCCUGCAAGAGGAUUGGGGAGUAAGGAAAUUCCAAGUGGAGAAAUGUACUUGGAAUUGGUUGUCAUAUAUAUAAAAUUCAUGAUUUCUGAACAAGCAAGAGGAUUGUGAUCCCACAGCAUCUUAGAGGGAUUUAAACCCAGGCUGGCCCGCCUGGGAGCCUGGGCUUUUGUUCUCAAACCGUCCCGCAACCCUAGCUUCUGCCCACUUGUCCAGAACAGCUUUCUCUUGGCCUGAAGGACAAACUGGCUUCCUUGUUACGUCACUGGCUCAGUCACAAUUGGGCUGAGAGCAGAGCGUGGCCCGGCCCGCCAGGUCCCCAGGGCAGCCCAGGCCUGCCCGGCCUAGCCACACACGCACCAUGAAGUACCCUCUGGUGCCACUGGUGAACGAGCUGACUUUUUCUUUCCUGGUGUUCUGGCUCUGUCUGCCCGUGGCCUUGCUGCUGUUCUUGCUGAUCAUCUGGCUACGCUUCUUACUCAGCCAAGAUUCAGAGGAAAAUGACUCAGAUGUAUGCCUCGAUUGGGAGCCUUGGAGCAAAGACCCUGCUGAGCUUUGCGAGGAGGAGAUGCUCCACAGCCAAGAGGAGGAGAGGCCCUGCUGCUGAGCCUAUUCUGCCCGAUCCAGCGUUUCACUACUUCCCAGCCUGGUUCUCCUGGCGUCAGUGGGGCCGUGGCCGUGGCCGAUGGCGAUGGGAGACUCUCCACGGAGGAGAGAGGACUUUGGCGAGUGAGGUGCUCCCCUGUGACCCCAGUUUGGCUCCUCCACUGAUGGACACAAAAACGCCUCCAGAGACCCGGCUCUUCUCUGUUACAGAUGACCUCCUCAGCCCCCCCAGGGAGGAGCCGGAGCUCUCUUAUACUGUGAAGACAGCAUAAGCGGGCCCUCGGGGAGAAGCUGGCCAACAGCUCAGAGGUCUGCCAGGGCAGGGCUGGGCCAGAGGGCGUAGAUCCGUAUUAAAGAAACAAAGGGGAUUCCUGGGCUCAGGGGACCCUGACAAACCUGCUGGG